CUCUACACCCACCAGCUCAUACCCUCAAAAGCUCGCAGAGCACCGUUGUACACUACCUAUCUACCCUCCACACCAACACAAAAAAUGGGUCGCCCGCUCUUUUCUCAGGCGUACACCGCCCCCGCCGUCCGUGUCGAGCCCGAACAGCCACAACCAUAUGAACGGUGGUCAUACUGGAACCCAUUCGACCCUGACUCGGAGGAGUUUUUUGCAGACGCAGAGGACGAGCGCAUCUGCUCCGUGGAGAGCGUCGUCAGGGGCGUCAGCCCCGUCAUGGAGGAGGUGGGGAGUAGCAGCUCGAGCGAGGCGAGCCUGAGCGGCAGAGGCACGCCCACGCAGGAGGACGACGGGCUGUCGAUCGAGGAGGUGGAGCUCGGCUACAGGCGUCGCGCUCUAGACGGUGUCGUGCGCGACACGACUGUGAGAACCAUCGUUCUGCCAGAGGACGAUGGGCAGACGUACCGCGCCGUCGCACGCCCGCAGACGUCGUUCAUACGGACAUCCUACCACGAGUCCCCGCAGUGGGACCCCCCUACUCGCUCACCCUCGCCUGUCUCGUUCCCGCUGCCGCACAUGGAGGUGAUGCCCGACCUCCCGCGGCCAGCUCCCACGCACUCCGACCCGAUUCCCAUCCUCGUGUCCGCACGAUCUACAACGCCGCACAACGACACACCGCGGUACUCGUACGGCAGCCCUUCGCCACCGUCGUCCGUCACGCCGAGGUUGUACACUUGGACUGCCCUCCAGAGUCUCACCUCGCAGGGCAGCCCGCUGCCGAACCGCGGUGCGCGGAGAUCCCUCGCGCAUAUCGCCCCCUCCCCGGCUACCGCGCGCAUCGCCCUCUAGACCUGGACACGAUGCGCUGUCCAACUUAGACGCCAUACUGGUUUUUUGGUUGAUAAAACAACUGUCCCUACGCUCCCUUGCCCAUUCCCAUAUACGUAUGUAGCUUUGCCCUUUCCUCCUCUAUAUGCUUUCACCUGUGCUUGGGAUCUGCUGGUUUUUCCUCGUCUAGUAUUCUCGCGCGUCUGUUCACCUGGAGCACUCCCUUUGUGUCUGCUAUUGUUUCCGAAACUGUAUCUAGACGUCUAUCACCGCGCGUCGCCCGUUGUAUCGAAAGAAGUACAUUACUUGUUUUUAUGUUCUAUUCAAUUGUGCCUUGCUCUGCUCAAUGCUCGGCUGUCUGUC